UGCUCUGCUCUCUCUAUGAUAUUGACUGUUGUGUUGACUCGACAGUGUGUCAUCAUCUUUCUCAGGAUUCCCACCCACAGUUUCAGGAGAACUUCACUCAGCCGUCCAUCCCUGUGUGGAGAGGAGUCAAGUUUUUCCUCAUUAAGCUCGGCAGGAUCGACAGCAGGCCUCCACCUUCAGAAACUCAGAGCAAAGCCAAACAUCCAGCAGGAUCAGACGAUGAGGAGCGAAGUGGGGGUGUGUGUGCUGGGCUUGCUGUGCCUCCACAGCUCAGUUUUUGUGCAGUCAUUGGACGUCCAGCCCGGCGUCCUGAUCUUCUGUGACGACCCGUCUGUGGAGAGGGCUGUGAACAGCGCUGUGACCAAGUUUAACGAGAGGCUGAGCAGCGGACAAGAGCUGGCCCUCUUUCAGAUACUAUCAGCCAGCAAGUCAGAGAACGGCUCAGACUCGGUGUACUCACUGCAGUUCACCAGCAGGAGGAGUGACUGUCCAGCUGGGAGCAACAAACCCUGGACAGACUGCGAGUAUCUGCCCUAUGGACGCAAGGAACCGAUUCCAUGCAAUGCCACAGUUUAUAUGACAGAGACUGAAGCAGACACUAAACAGGUGGACUGCGUGCUCGGCGAUCACAUCGUUCCAGAGAAAGCUCCCUGUUUAGGCUGCCCCGAGGAGAUUGAGGAGAACUCAGAGGAGCUUAGGGUCCCUAUGACCGUCUCACUCUCCAAGUAUAACUCCAUGUCCGACUCCACUCACCUGUUCACUCUGCACAAUAUCGGCCACGCCACCAGACAGGUUGUUGCAGGUUUCAGGUUCAAUGUGAGGUUUGAUAUGAGGAAGACCACCUGCGCCAAGGCUGAACACAAAGACCUCAACGAGUUGUGUGUCCCCGAUGAUCAGAAUGUGGAGUUUGCCAACUGUAACUCAACCGUGGAUGUUGCACCGUGGAGGUUAGAGGUCCCACAGGUUCAGAUGGAGUGUGAACCAGGUGCACUGCCCCCCAUGAUGUUCACCAGGCGCCGUCCUCCCGGCUGGUCUCCUCUCAGGAACUUUCUGUACAGUGUUCGCCCCUCGUCCCCCGCCCCAGCUCCAUCUACAACCUCAGGGUCCCCCACUAAGGCAUCAGCCAAAGAAGAAUCUUCUGAGGAGGACACCAAAGCCUCCAAACCGUCCACCCUCCCUGAGGCUGCGAACGACAGCCCCUUCCACUGCCCGUCCAAACCCUGGAAACCUUUCAAUCCGUUGCCAGCAGCUCCGACAAUGGCUGCCAAAGAGGAGGCCUCCCCACCACCCCCAGUAGAGGGGGGCUUCAGUGAUAAAGACCUGCUGGGAUAAAUUCAUCAUCAAGAAGAACACAUUUAUUUUCAAAAUAAUCUCUCUUUUAUUUGAAGACUAGUUAUACUGGGUUACAUUGAACAGAUUCAGGCAGGGAUGUUAUGCUGAUUUAUAAUUAUAGAAGCACAAGAGUUAAGUUAAUAAGAUAACCAGUUUAGGUGAAAAAGGAGGAAACAACACUGUAACUCCUCAGAAAGCACUGGGAAAAAGACUGAAAUGAAAUGAGCUAUAGACUGUUGAUAUAAAUUGCUGGAGGAAAACCGGUGUCAUUUUCCUUUGAGUAAAUCACAGAAAUGAGUGCCCUUAGUGUUCAGUAGAGAUGUGAGAAAAAAAAGUGUAUUGGAAAUCUGUGACUCAAGAGAAAUAUAAAAUAAAAAUUUGUUCUGUG